UGCAAAACUAAAAAGCGUUGCGUACAUGUGCGAGUGCGAGAUAGAGAUGAAAGGGGUUGGAGGACCAUUGCUGUGCAUAGGAGAUUUGUUGAGCGAUCUUGGCGAGAAAGAAGAAGAUGGUGUUAAAGCAUCUGAUCAUCACCAAGCCUACAAAGAAGUAGCCUCCCCUUCUUCAGCUUCAGUUCUUGAUUCUAACAAUACCCUUCAAUCUUCCUUGGAUCUUACCAAGCUCUUCCAGGAAAACUACAGCCAAUUGAAUGAGGCAUUUGCAGGAAAAGAUAAUUCAUGGACAGGUCUGACUCUAAAGUUAUGCACUGCUCUGGAAACUGCAAGCGAGUUGGUCCAGUUGACCAACUCAAAUGUCGGAAUGCUGUCUGAGAAAGUUGGAGAACUUGAGAAAAUUGUCAAGAGAGGAGAUUCUGCUGUUGCAGCAGCCAAGGCUGUUCAUGUUGCUCUAAACCAAAAGGGAGGUCCAUUUAGUGGCAGUCAAAAUGUCCAGUAAUUUAGUUCUCCUUUUAUCAUAGCUGGUAAAGUGACAUUUAUUAGAAUUCUUUCUUUUUUUUUUUUUUUUUGUUCGAACACUUGUUAUUCAAUAUUUUAUAAUUACUAUACUUUUCUGCUCAGAGGAAAUUAGCUGUUACAGUACAGAGUUUUCUUGAUAGAUAUGGAACGUUUUUGUUUAAA